GGCCGCGGUGGGGGCGCGGGCGGCGAUGAAGCGGGAUCGGCGGGGCCGGUUCCUGCCCGCCGCGGUGGCCGGCAGAGCGGGGCCGGAGCCGGAGCCGCAGCAGCAGCAGAGCGACGCCGCCUCCCGGGCCCGCCGCGGACGCCCAGCCGGCCGCCAGCAGGAGAGCAGCGCGCCGCCGCCGCCGCCCGAGCGACGGGCCCCGGAGGAGGUGGGAGGAAUUGGCCGGGCUGUGAGCACAGGCUACUGCCGACUUUGCCAUGGGAAGUUUUCCUCACGGAGCCUACGGAACGCUUUCGAGAAGGUGCCCAUGACGGGCGAGAGCUCAGAGAAGCAGCGGCGCCUGGACCGAGUCUUCUUCACGGAUUUCCAGCACCUGGUGGGCGUGGCUGCCUGCCCAGACCCCGCCUUGCCCCAGUUUGUCUGCAAAAAGUGCCACACCCAGUUCUACAAGUGUCGCAGCAUCCUCCAAGCGUUCAUCCAGAAGGUGAACAUCUCACCCACUGGCCACAUCGAGACCAGAGGAAAGCUGGCUUCCCAUGGAACGCAGGGGCCUCUGAUUUGUGCUUCUUUGCGUUUUAUGUGCAGGAACAGCAUCCACCCGUCUCCACUCACUGUUGAAGGAGCUCCCUCCAUGGCAGACCUGAUCACCUCCAGUCCUCAGUGCCUCCACAACUUGGUGAUGUGGGCCCACAGCCACGCGGAGAGCUGCCAGACGGCGCCUAGCCUGCAGAGUGUGCUGUCCUCCGAGUACUGCGGGAUCAUCCGAGCCGUGUGGGGCUGCGGGGAGGGCCACGAUUAUGUCAUGAGCACGGACUCGGACUGCAGCAGCCUGCUGGUGGACACCACCUUGUCUGUGAAGCGGGACCUGCCCAAGGGCAUGACAGCACAGCUGGAGACCAGCAACGGGGUGGCUGCAGACAGAGCAGCCGUCACUGCUGCCGCUACAGCCCUGGAACCCCAGCAGAGUCUGGCUAGGACAGGAGCCAGCCAUCUGCCCCCAAACCCAGGGACUGCAUUGCCAGUAUUAAGCACCGAACACACACUGCCCGAGUGCCAGGAGUUGCCUUCCUUGCAAGCUGAAACUGGAGCCGCUUUGCAGGAGAAGAGCCUGCCUCAGCCAGUCUGCCCGCUCAAUGGGAGUCCUGGACAGCUGAGCGAGAAGCCGGUUCUGCCUGCAGCGUCGGAUGAGCGGGUAAAAGACGAGUUCAGUGACCUUUCUGAGGGAGACUCCUCAAGUGACAACGAGAACGACAAGCGAGCUCGGUCUUCGGAUGAUUCUUUUGAGCCUUACCCGGAAAAGAAGAUGUCCACCAAUCGAAGGGCUGAGAGUAAAGAACCCAAGGCAGCAGAGGAGCCAAAAACAAGGAAGAAGCCAGGACCCAAACCAGGCUGGAAGAAGAAGAUCAAAUGCGAAAGGGAGGAGCUGCCAACUAUUUACAAGUGUCCUUAUCAGGGCUGCACAGCCGUGUAUCGAGGGGCAGACGGCAUGAAGAAGCACAUCAAGGAGCACCACGAGGAAGUCCGGGAAAGGCCGUGCCCCCACCCAGGUUGCAACAAGGUGUUCAUGAUCGACAGAUACCUCCAGCGCCACGUGAAGCUCAUCCACACAGAAGUCCGGAACUAUAUCUGCGAUGAAUGCGGCCAGACCUUCAAGCAGCGCAAGCACCUCUCAGUCCAUCAGAUGCGCCACUCUGGCGCAAAACCUCUCCAGUGUGAAAUCUGUGGCUUCCAGUGCCGACAACGUGCAUCUCUCAAAUACCACAUGACCAAACACAAAGCAGAGGCAGAGCUGGAGUUUGCUUGCGACCAGUGCGGGAAGCGCUUCGAAAAGGCCCACAACCUUAACGUCCACAUGUCCAUGGUGCAUCCGCUGAUCCAGACUCAGGACAAACUCAAGGCGGCCGAGCCCGAGCCGGAGGGGCUGCCGGAUGCCCUGGAGGCUGCAGACAGCCAGCUGGUGAAGCUGGAGCUCCAUGCGCAGCAAGAGCCCACCUGAAGGCCAGGGAGGGGGAGGCCGGAUCCAGCCAGCGGGGGAGAUGUCAGUGUACAUUUUAAUGGAUUCUCUACCGUGAACUUCGAAAUUGCUUCCACUUGAUCAUGAAAAGCUUUCCAUUGCUGUGAUUCUCUCUGUGCGCUUCUGUCUGAUGCCACAGCAAUGUUGUAGGGAGUGACACCCGCUUCUCUGAAGGGGCAGCCAGCCCUGGUUUCUCCCAGUGCAGUGGGGCAGGUAAGAGAGAUGGCACACCUGUUGUAAAGGUGUGUAUCCGCAGACAAUAAACAUUCAUUUCUGGUGGCUCUAACGAUGGCAAAAGCAGUUUGCUUUAAAUUAACUUCCAAAGGCAAUUAGAGAGACAGAAAAUUUGUAACCUAAUUUUUAUUGUAACAAAGUCAUGGUUAUGCUUGUAAUAAAUUAUUUACGCGGUACUUUGGACCGACUCAGCCCCAGGA